CCGAGAACGGAAAACAGGUCCACACAAAACUUGGGCAUGAGCGCGCAUGACAGCCUUACUUACUGAAGCCAAACAGCGGGAAUGGGUGUCAGCGGAGGAGCCGGUGAAUAAAAUGCCUGGUUUCCAUCCGGUGGGAUGAAAGUUCCGCAGCCCUGAGAAAAACGAACUCCCGCCUCGUGCUAUUGCGUGGACGAACCUGGACAACAGGAUGCUAGGUGACAGAAACCAGACGCAAGAUGCCACGUGUGUGAUUCCGUUGCUGUGAAAUGUCCGGCACAGAGCUGAUCCCCUACACGCCGCAGAUAACAGCCUGGGACCUGGAAGGGAAGGUCACAGCCACCACGUUCUCCCUGGAGCAGCCACGCUGUGUCCUGGAUGGGCAUGCCGCUGUUGCCAACACCAUCUGGCUGGUGGUGGCCUUCAGCAACGCCUCCAGGGACUUCCGGAACCCACAGACGCUGGCUGAGAUCCCAGCCUUCCCACGGCUGCUGACUGAUGGCCACUAUAUGACGCUGCCCCUGUCCCUGGACCAGCUGCCCUGUGAGGACCCCGUGCGGGGCGGCAGGGGCAUCCCCCUGCUUCGGGUGGGCAAUGACCCUGGCUGCCUUGCUGACCUCUGUGAGCCACCCUUCUGCAACACCCCCCUCCCCAGCCCUGGACCUUACAGGGUGAAGUUCCUCCUGAUGGACGCCAGCGGCUCACCCCAGGCCGAGACCAGGUGGUCCGACCCUAUUACUCUCCACCAAGGGAAGGCCCCAGGCUCUAUCGACACGUGGCCAGGGCGGCGAAGCGGUGACAUGAUUGUCAUCGCCUCCAUCCUCUCCUCUCUGGCCGGCCUCCUGCUCCUGGCCUUCCUGGCUGCGUCCACCGUGCGCUUCUCCAGCCUGUGGUGGCCGGAGGAAGUCCCGGAGCAGCUGCGGAUUGGCUCCUUCAAGGGGAAGCGCUACAUGACCCACCACAUCCCACCCACUGAGGCCGCCACCCUGCCCGUGGGCUAUGAGCCUGGCCUGGACCCCCUCCCCAGCCUCAGCCCCUAGCCUGGUGGAAGGGGCUGGGGCGGGGCCCUGGGAAGUUGGGGGCCACCUACGCAGUGCGCAUUCCCAGCUCCUGCGCCCACAUGCCCCUCCCCCAUUGCACCUCCCCACCCGCCCGAUGUCCCACCACCUGCAGCCCUGCCUUUGCCUUUUCCAUUCUGCCCUCUCCAGGCAACUGAAGUUGCAUCAAGUCUGGGGGGAGGGUCAUGGUCAGGCCAGCAUGCAGCCCCCACUUCCAACCCUACCUCUGUGAGAGGUAAUGUGGAGAGGCCACACUGACCAGAAGCUUCCAGGCUCCAGGAGGGGCCCAGUGGGGGGCCUUGCUCUGCCCUGUGCAGGGGACUGGGCCAGGCCCAUCACUGGGUGCAUGAAGUCCGAGCCUCCCUCUGUCUCUCUGUCCCACCUUCCAGUGGCUGGGGCUGCAGUGAAGCCUUCAGAGGCACCUCCAUUGUUCCCUGGGCAGGGGUACUUUCUGAGGGUGGCCAGAAGUUCAGAGUGUAGAGGCACAUUGUGGCCGUCUGAGAACUGAUUCCACCACUUCCAACCCUAUUGCACACACAGAUGGCUUACUCAUUCUCGCUCCACCAACAUUUAUUAAGCACCUGCUGUAUGCCACUGCCAGUGUUAGACAUGGAGCCUCAGGAGGAACCGGUCCUGAACUUGGGGAGCUCACUCACCACUCUGGACCUGAGAUGACCACGUGUCCAGAUGUGACCUGUUACUGUUAGGGCUGUCAGAUUGUCACAUACCCUCGGGUUCAAGCUCCUUAGAUGCUCACCCCAAUGGGCUCUCUGAGGCCCCGGAGCCCCCCACCAUCAGGCAGUACACACUUUAGACUUCCCCCUAGCGUCCGACUUCUCGCAGGGCCGGUGGGUCCAGCUUUGGCCACACGGUGGCGCCAGUGCGCCGCAGCCGUCCGGCCCCGCGCACGCGCACUCGUAUUCACAGACCCACCUGAGGCAAUUGACUGGCAGGUUCCAGCGGUGACCUGAUGCUGAGGAGCCGUCGCCACUUUCUGGAGGUCAGGGCUCCACACCUCAUCUGGGUCAAGCCAGAGGGAUGAGCAGUCACGCACUCGCUUGAGGGCCGUCCAGUCUACACAACCGCCACCAUUUUCUAGAUGGAGAAACUGAGGCUGGGCGACUUGUCCUCCACGCUCUGCCCACUGCCGCCCCUCCCACCACCACCACGCCCCUCUUGUCCCCGGGCAUCUCCCAUCUUAUCCGGUGGGACCGCGGCUCCCAGCAUGCAGGCCGCCGUGCCAGCGCCCCUGCACGGCGCCCGGCCGUGACCCAUGUGUACCCGCCCUCCUCAGAGGUGAAUAAACGCGGUCUCCGUCCCCCUAGCGGUGCCCGCGCUGGUGUGGGGAAAGGGGCAUCUGCGCCCGGGGCCCAGCCCCGUUUCACCCCUUCCACCCUGGGGUCUGCCCCGAGCCUGUCCUUUUGACGCACAGCCCUCACUGCAUUUUCGAGGUGCCCCAUCUCCUAAUGGGCCCCAGGGAAACUCAUCCUUGCAUUUCAGGGCCAAGAGGCCACCGCUAAUGCAGCUUCCGCGGAUUUAGCAGUACUGUCUCCCAGGCAAACACUUCAGGGAGGUUUUGCUUUCAAAACCCAUGAAGCCCUGGUCCCUAGUGGUUUAUCCUCCAUCCUACUUGCAGCCCCUUCGGCCGUAAUACCUCCAGGUGCAGGCAGAAGCCGAUUCAAAUGCAGUCAGGAGCUCAGGCUCCUGUGUCCUGGGUGACAUCUGGCCAUGGGAGCCAGCCGCUUUGGGCAGCCGCUUUUGAAAUGCUGCUGCUGUGGAACCUAGGUCCCUCUUGGCCUCUAAGCGUUCCAAGUGCCUCGCACCCUCACCAGCUGUGUCCAACAGCGCCUGUCUCGUGCUGUCCUGUCCAGGCCUGGCUCCAGCACCAGAUGGAGAGGCCCUCUGGGCCCAGACACCCAGCUCGGGUAUGGCGAGGAGGGAAAGGGUUCCGCUGGUGUUGGCUGAGUGAAAACAUGAACGAACCAGCUCAGGGCCGGAAGAUCAGGCAGCAGCAAGAAUUGCCCUGAGCUCCUGUGUGUCCCAGGGCCCUCUUGUGGCUUAUUCUUAGUGCCGGAACCUGUGCUGAUCCCAGGUACAGCCCCAGCGAUGUCCCCUGUGUGUGUGCAGGGCACCCCGGAGCCCUGUGAGGAGCUGUGCUUGCCCCAUCCGACCAUGUAGGGCUUGACUGUGAAGACGGGCCCAAAACAGACACUACAGCACAGUAGGGCUAUAUUUGACGGAGGGCCUCCAAAUCCGUUGGCGUGUAAGGUAAUGGCUCAGUGGCAAAAAACAAGUUCAUUGUUAAAAAGAAAAAAACAGCAGCAGUUGUGGGAGUGAUGACUCUCAGAUGACUCAUCAGACCAGAAAUCGAAAGGAUCAGGAUGACAGCAGGUGGAAACCAAGCGGGGGGGGGGGGGCACUGAGCACUCUCUCGCACCCCCUGGGUUCACUUCGUCUGUGCCUCUGAACCACCUAUUCCUGCCCGUUGUCCCUGCAACCCCCAGCCAGCCCCCUCCUGCCUCUAGCAGCGUUCCUGACCCCCACAGCCCUCCUCCUCUCAGUAUCCAGAGGGACCAGAUUGUGAACCUGAUGGUGUUCACCUUUGCUCCCAACUUGCAGUCACUUCCUGCUGCAAGACCAGAGUCUAGAUUCACCAUCUCAGUUUUGAGGCCCCAUUGAUCCAUCCCUUAUUCCCUGUGUUCUGGCCACACAGGUCCCUGGUUAGCCCUGCUGCCACAGGGCCUUUGCACUUGCUUUCCCACCUCAGUGUAAGACAUUUCUCCACCUCGCUCCUCUAGAUCAUUCAUCAGCUCCAGUGUGGCUUCUGCAGGGAAGCCCUUUCUGACCCUUCAGCUCUCCUGGAGCCCUCUUCUUUCUCUUCUCAGCACGUUUUCCAUUUUGUAGUUAGACAUUAAAAAGGGUGACUUUUGCAUCUCUCCCACUAAACUGUGAACUCCAGGAGGGCAGGGACCAUGUCUGAUUUGCUCACCAAGGUGCCCCUGGAACUAACACAGUGCCUGACUCCCCGUGGGUGCUUAAUGAACAUUUGUUGACUGACUGCCUUAUAAAAGGCAAAGAUAUGUUCACGUUCUUUUUUAAAAAAAAAUAUCAGCUUCAGGGGCACCUGGGUGGCUCAGUCGGUUAAGUGUCAGAUUCUUGAUUUCGGCUCAGGUCAUGAU